GACAUUCGGAGUGGGCCGUGGGCCGUGCCUAGCCCCACCGAUUGGCGGGGGCUGCUGGGAUUUGUAGUCUGAGCUGGGGGCAAUGGAAAGGACGGUGACCAGCGGCUCCCUGCUAGGGGAGAUUGGAUUUUGGGCUGCCAGGACGCCCGUUCACGAGGCUGCCCGGAGCGGAGAGGCCCUGCAGCUGCAGGAGCUCAUAGCGAGCGGAGCCUGCGUCAACCUGGUCACCUACGACUCCAUCACACCCCUGCACGAGGCCAGCCUGCGCGGCCAGACCCAGUGUGUGAAAAUUCUCCUUGCGGCAGGAGCGCAGGUGGAUGCCAGGAACAUCGACGGCAGCACCCCACUCUGCGACGCCUGUGCCUCCGGGAGCGUCGAGUGUGUGAAGGUCCUGCUCUCGCACGGCGCCAAGGUCAACCCGCCGCUCUAUACCGCCUCUCCCCUCCACGAGGCCUGCUUGAACGGCAGCGCUGAGUGUGUCCGUCUCCUGGUGGAUGUUGGCGCUAACCUCGAGGCCCACGAUUGCCACUUUGGGACGCCGUUGCAUGUGGCGUGUGCCAGAGAACACCUGGACUGCGUGAAGAUACUGCUCAAUGCAGGCGCCAACGUGAACGCCGCCAAACUUCACGAGACAGCCCUCCACCAUGCGGCCAAGGUGAAGAACGCCGACCUGGUGGAGAUGCUGGUCGAGUUCGGGGGAAACGUCUACGCCAGGGACAACCGGGGGAAGAAGCCUUCCGACUAUACGCAGAGCAACAGCCCCACAGCCAAGCGCUUUGAGUAUUAUGAGAGAAUGCCGCUGAGCUUGUCCCAGCUCUGCCGCCUGAGCCUGAGGCGAGCCAUCGGCCGGCAGGCCCUGCGGAAGAUCACCCAGCUCCACAUCCCUCCGCGAUUAAUCGAGUUCCUCUCCUACAAUUAAGCGGCCGAGGAAGAUGCGGCCUAAACCAGCCUCACGCCAACCUCACGCCAGAACGUUCUGUUUACAUUGAUCUCAGGAGAUCUUACCAAAUGGCUUGAAUGUGAUGGAUGUAAAUACUACCGGUGAGAAAUCUGUCAUCUAAGUGGGCAGGUGGACCCUGCCCCUCGCAGCCUGUUCCCGUAAUAGCACGAAAUAGUUUUACGAGGCUUUUCUGAGCAUGCGGAGCGCUGUUAUCCUGCUCUCCCCACGCCAGAGGCGGAGGGCGGUGCUGACGCGAACGUCGAGGCACUGGGUCCCAGCCCAGGCUCUUCACUGUUUCCGCUGCUCUCGCAUCCGUAGGACCCCGAGGGGGGCACGCCAACAAACACGAGCAUUUCCACUACUGUGAAAAAGGAUUCUGCAGCGCAUGGUUCCUUUGCACGCCUGCUCUGGCAGUGGAAUAUAUCCUUUUCCGUGUGCACCUA